AUGCGACUGAAGUUCAGAAUGCUCACACUCAAGCAAGUGGUGUCUCAGAUCAAGUCCGAGGACUGGAAGUUCCUGCGGUUUGCUUUCAGGGGUGAAGCUUACCAAUAUCAGGUUCUUCCGUUCGGCCUUGCACUCUCACCCCAAACUUUCACGAAGUGUAAAGGUCUGCCUGCUAUUAAGCAGACCCUCAGUCGGUGGAUCGUUGAUGCCAUCUCUAUAUCGUAUGAGUCCUCUGGUCUCCCCUCGCCCUUGGGGGUCAAGGCUCACUCUACCCGAAGUUUGGUGGCCUCCAAGGCCUUCCUGUCGGGUGUGGCUAUGCAGGAUGUUUGUAACGCUGCGGAUUCAAUCAUUGCUCGCAUUUUCAAAGUCAUUGAAGAAAUUAUUACAUUUAGACAGCCACGUAACCGCACUGAUUUGGAUGCAGUGAACUGCAACAAGACUUCACAGGAUGCAUAUAAUAUCACAGCAGACGCUGUUCUCUUCCUCAGAGGCCUGCUGGUUACACGCCUCAUGCCCUCAUUUUACAUCAUCAUCAUCCUCAUUAGUUUUCCCCUGAAUGCUUUGGCCCUAGUGACGUUCACCUGUAAGAUUCGAGAGAAGAAACCAGCUGUGAUCUACAUGUCUCACCUGGCAUGUGUGGAUGUGCUCUUUACCCUGCUGCUGCCUCUGAAGAUCCACUACCACCUGAAUGCUUCAGAUUGGGUGUUCGGUGAGGCGGCGUGUCGUGUGCUCAGUGCAGCUUACUACUGCUACAUGUACUGCUCCAUACUGCUGAUGAUGAGCAUGAGUGUGGACAGGCUGCUGGCCGUGGUGUUUCCCAUCGCCUCUCUGACCUGGAGGAGCACAAGGAAAGCCACAUGUGUGUGUGUGCUGGUCUGGCUGCUGGCGCUUGCUGGUACAGUACCACUUCUCUCCAUAACACAAACAUUCAAGAUAAAGGAUGUGGGCGUCACCUGCCAUGACGUGCUGUAUCACACACAGGUGUAUGCAUACCUGUUCUCCAUCCUCUCCUGCCUCUACUUCUUCUUGCCUCUGAUCAUCACCAUAGUGAGUUACUCUACCAUAAUAUAUGUGCUCACUACCAAGAAUGAUCACUUGGCAACAUCAUACCCAGACAAGCGAAGGAGAGCUGUGAUUAUGGCUAUCGGUGUGCUGAGUGAGUUUGUAAUGUGCUUUGCACCAACAAAUGGCAUCUUGUUGUACCACUGUGUUCGUUUAGCCACUGGAAUCGUAGCUUAA